UUGCUCGUGGUAGACUUUUGACAAUUGAAGCUAAAAAAGACUCGAGCCUGAGAGUCGUUAGACGCAGCCCAUCUUAUUGAGAAAAAUUCUGUCCGAAGAAACUGGGUUCGUUCAAGUGUAUAGAGUUAAAAGAUCGAAGGAUUUGAUUGCGAUUAUUAAUAUGGCUGUGAUCAUCUUAUGAUAAAGGAUCUGAAGAAAACUAGAAUUCGAGUGCUUUGGAUUUAGGAAGAAGCUAAUUCGGAAAUAUUGAAGUGAAACAAACUAAAGUAUAAGUAUAUCUACCGUAUCAAUUUUUAACGUAGAUGUAGUUUCGUGGAAUAUAUCGUGCCACUUGCAAUCAACUCUAAACACAGAAGACUAAUGAAAUAUAGAAAGGACGUAUAAAAUUCGGAUAGAGUCGUUAAACCGUAAGAGUGGUGACACUGGCGAAGAGUUUGUCAGAACUAAUUGAGUUGACAUUUGGAAUUCGAUUAGACCUAUUUCAACAUGGCGCCACCAGAAAGCGGAGAACGCGAUUCCAUGCUCGGUUAUCAUCCCGUUGAUUCUGUGGAAAUGAACAUAGUCCAGGAUGUUUGUGAAGACAUAGAAAACAACAAUACUAACACAAAGUACAAUACUGUUGAUGAGAAAAAUGGCGUAAAACAGCAUGGUUCGAAUGCAAAGGGUGUCUUUGCACAGUUUUUGGUGUCGGGUGCAGUCGUUUUGCUGGCAGCCGGCGGGGGAAUGCCAAUUGGUUACAGUGCUAUACUCCUACCACAAUUGGCUGAAAACAAUGGCACAAUGCACGCCGAUCGCGAGCUUAGAUCCUGGAUAGCUUCGGUUCACAGUCUAGCAACACCUGUGGGAUCGCUACUGUCCGGUCCACUUCUAGAUGCGAUCGGUAGACGUGGUUCGUUACAGUUAGCGGCUGUACCACUAUGUGUUGGUUGGAUCGUUAUAGGUUUAUCCAGAAGCAUAACAACCCUUUUGAUAGGAAGAGUCACGUUGGGUCUGUCUGUUGGUCUAAUGGCUGUGCCAGCUCAGGUCCUCCUGGGCGAAAUGUCUGACCCAGGACUCCGUGGACUUCUAACGGGUGGCUCGCUCACAUUUUAUAGUCUCGGUAUCCUGCUGGUAUACGGCUUGGGUGCCUCGUUUACUUGGGAAGUGGUAGCCUUCUGCGGUACAGUACUUCCUACUCUGGCGCUGAUCGCGUUACUUCUGAUACCUGAAAGUCCUGCGUGGCUAGUGACGAAAAAGAAACGCGACAAGGCCAAAAGAGCUCUGCUGUGGUUGAGAGGCGGAGACAUGGAGCAGGUUAAUACCGAAAUAGCGAGUUUAGAGGCUCGAGCAAAAGUAGAUUCAGCGCGGAAAGUGAAGAACAUGUCGUUGUUGGAUCAUAUUUCUUCAGCGAUUUCCACGAUCCUCGAUCCGAGUAUUCUGAAACCCUUAACGAUAAUCAACAUCUUCAACAUUCUUCAACUAAUCAGUGGGACGUACAUUGUCGUUUUCUACGCAGUGGAUCUCGUCAAAGAUAUUGGCGGCGACACCAUAAACAGCUACUUAGCGGCCGUGAUUACAGCACUUACCAGACUCGUAUUCAGCUGUCUAGCGAGCGCCCUGUUGUUGAAAGUGGGCAGAAGAACCUUGGGGAUGUUAUCGGCCCUUGGAAGUGCUGCGGCGUCGUUAAUUAUCGCGGGAUACGUGAUAUUCAAGGAAAAAUCCCCUGGAAUUGAUAUUUACGUCGUUGGCAUCUGUCUACUGAUAUACGUGGGAACCAAUACUUUGGGGCUAAUGAUACUUCCACCUUUGAUGAUCGCCGAAUUACUUCCACAAAGAGCUCGCGGUAUCGGGGGUGGCUUCAACUUCUUCGUUUUCAAUUUGCUCGUUUUCAUAAUUACAAAAAUUUUCCCAAUGGUGAGCGAAGCUGUGGGCGUUUCUGGAAUUUUCGCAAUUUUUGGCGUUGCUGCACUUUUGGAAACCAUAUUUAUCUACGUUGUUUUACCCGAAACGAAGAACCGUACUCUUCAAGAAAUCGAAGAUUACUUUCAGCAAGAUAAUUUACUUUGGAUAACGCGGCCAAGAGAAAGGAGAAUAAACAACCCGUUUAUUAUAAAUGACGCUUAAAGCAGUACGUCGUAUGAACGCAAGAUUGUAUGUGUGUGUACAUGUGGUGAAAUGAAUGUUAUAUAAUUUUAUAAUACUUACGCAAUAUUUGCUUGUACCAUUCCAAUUUAAAUCUCGAUUAAUUUAUUUUAUUUUAAUUAAAUUGUAUAAAAAAACAUUGUAAAAAAAUUAUAAACUGCCAAAACACAGAAAUUAUAACGAUUAUUAUCAUGA